GUGUUUGUAUUGUCAUUUGUAUUGUUCUUUUUAUUUGGGUGGUUUUAUUUUAUGAAAAUUUUAUUCAGAGAUUAUGAAGUAAAAAAAGUAUUUGUUCAAUUAUCAUUCUCUGUUACAUUUGCAUUAUCAUUGACAUUGUUCGAAUUAAUAUUUUUCGAAAUUGUUGAUUUUAUGGAUAGAGAAUGGAGAUAUAGGUUUUGGGAGAUCGAUUUGAUUUUAAUGUCAGUAAACUUAAUUUUAUUUUUACCGUAUUAUCAAUUCUAUUUAUUGGUUUUGGCAUAUGGAUUCAGUAAAAGAAAGACACUGUUUUUAAGUUUUGUAUUACUAUUGCUGUAUUUAUUUUUGUUUUGGAAGAUUGGGGAUCCAUUUCCAAUUUUAAAAGAGUAUAGGGGUAUAGUUUCAUUAGAGAUGGGUAUUGGUAGAAUUGGUAUAGUUGGGUGCACCGUGAUGGCGUUGUUAUCAGGUUAUGGUGCUGUGAACGUUCCAUACAGUUAUAUAAGUUAUUUUUUAAAGCCAGUCAAGGACAUCACAAUUCAAAAGUUGGAAAGACAGUUCAACCAUUCACUCGAUAAAAUAUUAAAUAAAAGAAAAAGAAUUGUAAUGUUAAAAAGACAGCUUUCUAGAAGAACUUCAUCGUACAGUUUAGGUGACAACGGCCAAUCAAAGUUUGGUUCACUGCGUUGGUUCCUUUCGUUUUUUUAUUGGAAUAGACAAAGCCCAAUCGACGACAUUAACCAUCUAGAAAGAGAGGUUAAAGAGUUGGAGGAUUUAAAUAGAGACCUGUUUUUACAAAUACACGAGCUAAAAUUGGAAAAAUUAAGAAUUAAAUUUUCAACAACACUACAAGGUAAAUUUUAUAAUUGGUUGGGUUAUUUCUUUUCAAUUUAUUGUAUUUAUAAAAUUUUUAUGAGCACAUUAAAUAUAGUAUUCGAUAGAAAACACGGUUUGGAUCCAGUCAGCAGAGGUCUGGAUAUUGCUUUGCGUUAUUUCCAUAUUCAAAUCGAUGUUCCAUUUUGGUCACAGCAUAUUAGUUUUCUUUUGGUUGGGUUAAUGACAGCUUCAUCAAUUCGUGGUUUCCUUAAUCAAAUUUUAAAAGUUUUUCACGAAUAUUCAAGUAGUUUAUCAUCAAAUAAUAUUGUUUUAAUUUUGGCUCAAGUAAUGGGAAUGUAUUUUAUAUCAUCAGUACUCAUGAUGAGAACAUCUAUGCCUGAAAUUUACACAAGGUUUAUUGUCACUAAAAUAUUGGGUGAUAUAGAGUUCAGUUUUUAUCAUCGUUGGUUCGAUUUUAUAUUUAUUCCAAGUUCGAUUUUCACAAUGUUUUUAUUGUUGUUUCAAUCAAAA